CGAAAAGCCACCAUCCUGUGAACGCACACAGCUCAGGACACCCCCCCGUCUCAGAUGGACACAUAGUCCCACCAUGCUCUACUUCUUGCUCCUCCUCCCCCUCCUCAUCGCCUACGCCGCCCCAGAGCCCGCAGCCCUCAUCCCUUUCCCACAUCACACCCUUCGAGCCCUUGCCCCCUCCUCCGCUGCCACACUCCCCGUCCAGAUAGAUCAUGACCUGCACCCGCUCGUUCUCGUGUCCACCGUGGACGGUGCUUUGCAUGCUCUGGAGAGGAAUACGGGUAAAGAGAAAUGGGUACUCGAAGGUGACCCGCUGGUGGGUGGGAAGAUGAAAGGCGGCGUUGAAGAGUACAUUGUGGAACCCCUGAGCGGGAGUCUCUAUGUGCACGAGGACAAGGACGGGCAGAUGAAGAUGAGAAAGCUGCCUCUGUCUGUAGAUCAAUUAAUUGAGCUGUCCCCGUUUACAUUCCCCGAAUCUCCGACCCAAAUCUUUACCGGCAGCAAACACACUUCUCUAAUGAGUGUUGAUCUGCGAACUGGAGAACAAAUCGACUGUUUUUCUCCUACUGCCAAUUUGUCACAAUAUGACGGCUCAAGUGUGUGCGACGACCUUGACGAUCUCGAGCAACGCGGCUCUUCACAGCGAGAUACAUUGUUCAUCGGUCGAACAGAUUAUCGACUUACGAUCCAUUCGCCAUCUUCUUCCCAAGGCUUAUCUACGUAUACAUCCGCGGCGUAUUCGUCGGAAAAGAAAUCAGCUCCCGCCAUCCAAGAGAUCUCUUACUCCACCUACACCCCUAAUGCUUAUAACCGUCCUCUUGCCGAAUCAUGGGUCAAGGCCGGUGUAGCACACCAAUCAUGGGGUCCUGACAAUGAAGAGCCUCGCAUACGCAUCGAGCUUGGAUUCAAUGGCAAAGCACUUGGUGUAAAGCCUGGUGGUGGACUCAUUUGGAAUCGAGAAUUGGAACAUGUAGGCGUCGGCGUGUACGAGAUCCUCAUUCCUCGAGAAAAUCCCAUGGGUGCACCCAUUCUUGUUCCGCAACCUCCUGCCCACCUUCCCGCUCUCUUUCCUGGACAAAAUGACCCAAGAGCAUUUAAUAUUCACGACGCGCCUCCUUCUACCUAUAUCGCUACACUUCCCGAAUGUCUCACGUUGCCAUCACCCAAUACAACUUCCGACAACACGGCCGCAGGCAACAAAGACACCAAGCCGUUACAUUUCGCCCUGUCAUCUUCGUCAUAUCCUCUUAUCAACUUUGCCCGCCCCCCUCCUCCCGGACAUCUAUCCGAUGGAUUAUUUUACAAUACCGACGAUGGCGAUUCUUCUGAUCUCGACCAUCGUCGUGGUAGGGGACUUUUGUCAGGGUUGAUUGACCCACCCAGGGAGCAUGAGAUGAUUGAUCCGCCAUUCAUUGAGAGACGGGCUGGACCUGCAAAGAAUUGGUGGUGGAAGUGGGUGGUGGCGUUGGGGAUGCUGUUCAUCCUUUUGGGCGGUAUGAUGGUCCGUUUCGGAAGGGGAAAAGGUGCGGCACCAGAAUCAGUAGAAAGCAAGGUGGAUGAGAAAAUGCCCUUACUCGCUGCACCUGUCCAAGAGGUGAGACUUGAACAAAAAGAAGAAGAACAAAAAGAAGAGGGGGAAGAAGUGUUGUCAGUAGUCAAGUCUGUCCCUGUGGUGCGCAUCCAAGAACCAUCGCCCACGCCUGAAGACUCUCCCCCACGCUCGGAAGGCACACCUGAAACAGAUCAGACGGCCACGCCUCCUCCCAAGAAAAAGUCUACUCGUCGUCGUGUGCGAGGUAAAAAGAAGAAGCCUGAUGCUACUGCUGCUACCGCGGCCAGUCUGAUACCCGAAGAACACGACGGUGAGAAUGAAGAUGAGGAUCAUGAAAAGGACAAGGAAGACGUUUCCCCCCGGCCGACGCCCAAGGGAGGUAAUAAACCCUUGCCAGAAUUGCCGAGAGAACUUUCUUCGACGGAUCUGUUGGAUUACCAGGAUAAGGAGCGGCUGGCGAUUUCAGAUACUAUCAUUGGUUUUGGAUCACACGGUACUGUAGUGUUGAAGGGGACAUGGGGAGGACGUCCAGUUGCGGUAAAAAGACUGUUGAGCGACUUUACCAGAUUGGCGAGUCAAGAAGUCAAGUUGUUGCAAGCGAGCGACGAUCAUCCCAAUGUCAUCCGGUACUACUGCCAAGAAAAGCGGGACAAUUUCCUCUACAUCGCCCUCGACUUGUGUCAAGCCUCCUUGGCGGAUUUGAUCGAAUCACCCGACAAGCAUAGAGAGUUGGCAGAUCAGCUGGAUAGGAAACGGGCGUUGAUGGAGGUCACAAAGGGUUUGAAACAUUUGCAUGGGAUGAAGAUUAUACAUCGGGACAUUAAACCUCAAAACGUGCUGGUAUCGCAAACACCUUCAGGGCUGCGAAUCCUAGUAUCCGAUUUUGGACUUGCCCGACGAUUAGGCCAAGAUCAAUCAUCCUUUGCGCCGACGGCGAACAAUUUGGCCGGUAGCCUGGGCUGGCGGGCACCCGAAUGUAUCCGGGGCGUGGUCCGUCUCAACGAAGGUUUUGACGCUUCUUCCUCUGUCGGAUCUUCUGGCGGGAUCGCCAAUGCAGAAGACGGCGUCGCGCGGAGUCGGUUGACUAAAGCUGUCGAUCUGUUUGCCCUUGGAUGCCUGUACUUUUGGGUUUUGCUGUCGGGGGAACAUCCCUUUGGCGAGACGUAUAAUCGAGAGAGUAAUAUCGUCAAGGGCGAAGCUGUGAAUAUGGGCAUGCUGAGUUUAUUGGGAGAGGAGAGAGAAGAGGUGGAAGAUUUGGUGGGGAGGUUGUUGAGCAGUGAGCCCGAUGCAAGACCAUCCACAUCAGAAUGUCUCGCCCAUCCCAUCUUCUGGCCAGCCGCCAAACGUCUCGGCUUUCUGUGCGACGCUUCCGAUCGAUUCGAAAUCAUGCAGACCGAGCCGGCUGAGCCGACGCUUGUACUGCUCGAACAAGGCGCACAAAGUGUCGUCGGCAAGGAUUGGUAUUCCCGACUGGAUAAGACGUUUACAGGUAGUUUGGGCAAGUAUAGAAAGUAUAAAGGCGGGAGUGUAAGGGAUAUGUUGAGGGCGAUGCGGAAUAAGAAACAUCAUUAUCAAGAUCUAGAACCGGCGGUGCAAAAGCAUCUCGGCGCACUUCCUGCCGGAUUCUUACUCUAUUUUUCCUCGCGGUACCCAAAGCUGUUAAUGCACGUGUAUCGUACGGUAAAAGAGAGUGAGUUGAGGGAGGAAAGUCUGUUUGAAGGGUAUUUCCAAGAGGCGAUAUAGAGGGGGAAGCGUCGUUGUACAAGUACUACAUCAAGAGUUUUCGCAUUUUUCUUUUGUUGGCAGUUGCUCCUUUUUCUUUUUCUUUUUUCUUUAUCCAUUUUUGAUAGCAGGUUUUGGGUUUACAUGUAUGCAUAUGGCAUUAACAGC